AUGUCCUUUUAUAUUUGGUAUUUUCAUUUUUUAUUUGCAAUUCUUUCUUUCUUUUUUCUUUCUUUUGAUGUAAUGCUUUCUCAUUCUUACUUUUUUUUCCUUAGCUUUCUUUCAUUUUUUAGUCAUCUAUUUUAUCUUUCUUUCUUAUUUGUAUUUUCUUUCCUUCUUUCUUUCUUUCUUUCUUUCUUUCUUUUAUCUCAUGUUUAUCUGCAUCUCCUCCCUCAACCCUGCUUCUUUCUUUUCUUUCCCUUCUUUCUUUCUUUCUUUCUUUCUUUCUUUCUUUCUUUUAUCCCAUGUUUAUUUGCAUCUCCUCCCUCAACUCUGCUUCUUUCUUUCUUUCUUUCUUUCUUUCUUUCUUUCUUUCUUUCUUUUAUCCCAUGUUUAUCUGCAUCUCCUCCCUCAACCCUGCUUCUUUCUUUCUUUCUUUCUUUCUUUCUUUUAAAACUCUUUCAUCUCGCUUUCUUUCGUCCGCCAUCUUUUUUUGUCUUUCCUCCAUUUUCUCUCCUAGUUAAGUUUGUAAGAAAAUAUCUAUCUAUCUAUCUAUCUAUCUAUCUAUCUAUCUAUCUAUCUAUCUAUCUCUAUUUCUAUCUAUCUAUCUAUCUAUCUGGUCUAUUUUCUUGUCUUUUCAAUUCUUUUUACAACGUUCUUUCAUAUGUCUCUUUACUUUACUUUUUGCUUCCUGUUUUUCAUUCCUCUUUUUUCUUUUUACAUUUUUUUAAAAUAUUCAUCGUUUUCUCUUUUUUGUUUGUUUAUUUUAAUUUUUUAUUUGCUUUUAUUUCUUCUUCCUUUCUAUCUCCUCUGUUGUUCCUCAUCAUGCUCUUUCUUUCUUUCUUUCUUUCUUUCUUUCUUUCUUUUAUCCUUCUCUAUUUUCUUCUGCUUUCUUCGAUUAUCCUCUUCUUUCUUUUCCUUUUUUUUCUUCUUCUAUUCACGCGUUUCUUUCUCUCCUAUUGCACCCCCCUCACACACGCACACACUUCCCGCGAUUAUUUCUUACUCGUCGAUAUUGUACACCAAACAACCGAAGCACAAUAG